GCCCCCACGUGACUCUGAGCCGCCGAUCACCGGAUGCCCCAGAUUCCUGGGACCCAAUCCCCGGUUUCAGAUCCUCAGCAACUUGCAAGUCCGAGCUCGGAUUUCUUCUUAAACUUGAUUCCUGGAACGGGACGUCCGGCCGGAUGCCGAAUCCCCAGAUCCCGUGGGAGACUGUCUGAUCCCGACCGGAUUCCCGAGCCCGAGAUUCCUGGAUCCGCCGGCCCAGGCUCCCGCCCCGCCGCGGGUUCCCAGCGCCCCGCGCCCAAGCGCCUCGCAUGGCGGGGCCGUGCGCCCGGUCCGGCGCGCAGCGCGCCGGGAGCUGCUGGCAGGACCCGCUGGCCGAGGCGCUGAGCAGGGGUCGGCCGCUAGCUGGGUCCCCGGGCCGGGGCUGCGCGCGGAGCCGGCCGCUCAGCGUGGUCUACGUGCUGACCCGGGAGCCGCGGCCCGGGGUGGAGCCCGGGGAGGGAACCGAGACCGAGCCGCUGCCCCUGCGCUGCCUGCGCGAGGCUUGCGCGCAGCUCCCCGGGCCGCGGCUGCCGCCGCAGCUGCGCAGCCUGCCCUUUGGGACGCUGGCGCUGGGCGACACCGCGGCGCUGGACUCCUUCUACAACGCGGAUGUGGUGGUUCUGGAGGUGAGCAGCUCUCUGGCACAACCCUCCCUGUUCUACCACCUCGGUGUGCGUGAGAGCUUCAGCAUGACCAACAACGUGCUCCUCUGCUCCCAGGCAGACCUCCCCGACCUGCAGGCCCUGCGGGAGGAUGUUUUCCAGAGGAACUCGGAUAGUGUUGGCAGCUACACACUGAUCCCCUAUGUGGUGACAGCCACUGGUCGGGUGCUGUGUGGUGACGUAGGCCUUCUCAGAGGCCUGGCUGAUGGCCUCGUACAGGCUGGAGUGGGCACUGAGGCCCUGCUCACCCCUCUGGUGGGCCGGCUUGCCCGCCUGCUGGAGGCCACACCCACGGACUCUUGUGGCUAUUUCCGGGAGACCAUUCGGCAGGAUAUCCGGCGGGCACGGGAGCGGUUCAGUGGGCAGCAGCUACGACAGGAGCUGGCCCGCCUGCAGCGGAGACUGGACAGCGUGGAGCUGCUGAGCCCCGACAUCAUCAUGAACUUGCUGCUGUCCUACCGCGACGUUCAGGACUACUCGGCCAUGAUCGAGCUGGUGGAGACGCUGCAGGCCUUGCCCACUUGUGAUGUGGCCGAGCAGCACAAUGUCUGCUUCCACUACACGUUCGCCCUCAACCGGAGGAACAGGCCUGGGGACCGGGAGAAGGCACUGGCUGUCCUGCUGCCACUGGUACAGUUUGAGGGCUCUGUGGCACCCGAUCUAUACUGCAUGUGUGGCCGUGUGUACAAGGACAUGUUCUUCAGCUCUGGCUUCCAGGACGCUAGACACCGGGAGCAGGCCUAUCACUGGUACCGCAAGGCUUUUGAUGUGGAGCCCAGCCUCCACUCGGGCAUCAACGCGGCUGUGCUCCUCCUUGCUGCUGGGCAGCAUUUUGAGGACUCCGAGGAGCUCCGGCUAAUAGGCAUGAAGCUGGGCUGCCUGCUGGCCCGAAAAGGCUGUGUGGAGAAGAUGCAGUAUUACUGGGAUGUAGGUUUCUACCUGGGAGCCCAGAUCCUCGCCAAUGACCCCAUCCAGGUGGUGCUGGCUGCAGAGCAGCUGUACAAGCUCAAUGCCCCCAUAUGGUACCUGGUGUCUGUGAUGGAAACCUUCCUCCUCUACCGGCACUUCAGACCCAUGCCAGAGCCGUCUGGAGGACCUCCACGCCGUGCCCACUUCUGGCUACACUUCUUGCUACAGUCCUGCCAGCCAUUCAAGACAACCUCUCCCCAGGGGGACCAGUGCCUGGUGCUGGUCCUGGAGAUGAACAAGGUGCUGCUGCCAGCCAGGGUCGAGGUUCGGGGUAGGGACCCGGUGAGCGCAGUGAUCCUGAGCCUGCUGGAUGGGGAGACCCAGGACGUUCCCGCCAGCUGGACCUUCCCAGUGGCCUCCAUCUGCGGAGUCAGCGCCUCCAAGCGGGAUGAGCGCUGCUGCUUCCUCUAUGCACUGCCCCCGGCCCAGGACGUCCAGCUGUGCUUCCCCAGCAUAGGGCACUGCCAGUGGUUCUGCGGCCUUAUCCAGGCCUUGGUGACAAAUCCAGAUUCCUCGGCGCCCACGGAAGCGGCAGAGGGCGUGGGGGAGGUGCUGGAGUUUGAUUAUGAGUACACGGAGACCGGCGAGCGGCUGGUGCUGGGCAAGGGCACGUACGGGGUGGUAUACGCGGGCCGCGAGCGGCACACGAGGGUACGCAUCGCCAUCAAGGAGAUCCCAGAGCGGGACAGCAGGUUCUCUCAGCCCCUGCAUGAGGAGAUCGCUCUUCACAAACGCCUGCGCCACAAGAACAUUGUGCGCUAUCUGGGCUCAGCUAGCCAGGGCGGCUACCUUAAGAUCUUCAUGGAGGAAGUGCCUGGAGGUAGCCUAUCCUCCUUGCUGCGGUCAGUGUGGGGACCCCUGAAGGACAACGAGAGCACCAUCAGUUUCUACACCCGACAGAUCCUGCAGGGACUCAGCUACCUGCACGACAACCAUAUUGUGCACAGGGACAUCAAGGGGGACAAUGUGCUGAUCAAUACCUUCAGUGGGCUGCUCAAGAUUUCUGACUUUGGCACCUCCAAGCGGCUGGCGGGCAUCACACCCUGCACUGAGACCUUCACAGGGACCUUGCAGUAUAUGGCUCCAGAAAUCAUUGACCAGGGCCCAUGUGGGUAUGGGAAGGCAGCUGACAUCUGGUCACUGGGCUGCACUGUAAUUGAGAUGGCCACAGGUCGCCCACCCUUCCACGAGCUGGGGAGCCCACAGGCUGCCAUGUUUCAGGUGGGCAUGUACAAGGUGCAUCCACCAAUGCCCAGUUCUCUGUCUGCUGAAGCCCAAGCCUUCCUCCUUCGAACAUUUGAACCAGACCCCCGCCUCCGAGCCAGCGCCCAAGCGCUGCUGAAGGACCCCUUCCUACAGCCUGGGAAGAGGAGCCGCAGCCCUGGCUCCCCCCAACAUGCUCCGCGGCCCUCAGAUGCCCCUUCCACCAGUUCCACUCCUUCAGCUGACUCGACCACCCAGUCCCAGACUUUCCCACGCCCUCAGGCAUCCUCUCAACACCCGCCCAGCCCACCAAAGCGCUGCCUCAGUUAUGGGGACGCCAGCCAGCUCCGCGUGCCCGAGGAGCCUGGGGCCGAGGAGCCUGUAUCCCCGGAGGAGAGUUCGGGGCUGAGCCUGUUGCACCAGGAGAGCAAGCGCCGGGCCAUGCUGGCCGCGGUGCUGGAGCAGGAGCUGGCCACGCUGGCGGAGAAUCUGCUCCUGGAGCAGGAGCAGGAGCAGGGUUCCCUUCUGGGCAGGGAUCAUGUGGAACAGCUGCUGCGCUGCCUCGGGGCGCACAUCCACACUCCCAACCGCCGGCAGCUGGUUCAGGAGCUGCGGGCGCUGCAAGGGCAGCUUCGAGCCAAGGGCCUUGGGCCUACACUUCUGCACGGACCGCUCUUUGCCUUCCCGGAUGCGGUGAAGCAGAUCCUCCGGAGGCGCCAGAUCCGCCCACACUGGAUGUUCGUGUUGGACUCGCUGCUCAGCCGCGCGGUGCGGGCUGCCCUGGCUGUGCUGGGCCCGGAGGUGGAGAAGGAGGCAGUCCCAUCGAGGUCAGAGUUGAGUAAAAAGGGGGAGUCCCAGCAGAAGCAGCAGGAAACCCAGGUCCAGCAGAGCCCACUUCCCGAGGAACCUGCGCAGGGCCCCCCGCCUCUUAUGGUGCAGCUGAGCCUCCUGCGAGCAGAAACUGAUAGGCUUCGCCAAGUCCUGGCCGAGAAGGAACUGGAGUGCCAGGCCCUCGUGCAGCGAGCGCUGCAGCGGGUGAAUGCGGAGGCCAGGACCAACGCCCUGGCCUCAGAGCCCCCAGCUGCUCUCCCAACGGACCAGGGCCUGGUGCAGUGGCUACAGGGACUGAGCGUGGAUUCAGCCACCAUCCAAACGCUGCUGAACCACAGCUUCACCCUCCAUGCCCUGCUCACCUGUGCCACUCGAGAUGACCUCAUCUACACCCGCAUCAGGGGAGGGAUGGUAUGCCGCAUCUGGAGAGCCAUCUUGGCACAGCGAGCAGGACCCACGCCAGUUACUCCUGGACCCUGGGAGGCUGAGUGAGCACAUCAGAGGCAGGACGGACGCGAGGAUGGAUGACUGGAGAAGAUGCAAGCUGCUUCUGACGCGCCCGCCCCAAGACCCUUGGGCAACUACAGGAGGCCAGGCGGGUAGGGGCCAGGGUAGGGCCCAGGUCUAGCCCCAGUGGGAGGAACCAACCAGAAGCACCCAAGCACACUGGGCACUACCAGACAGAGAUUAUUAAACAGAACAUUUUCGUACCCU